AAGAGGGAGAAGCGGAGACGAGACACGAGUCAGGACACACUCCCGCCGAGCGACACACGUCUGUCUGAGCCGCAGGACUGCGACCGGUGUGUGAGUGCAACGUGUCUUUCAUUCCUGUAUGUCACUCACUUCUUCACCAUCAUCUCCACCGCUUUAUCCUGUAUACAGGGUCACGGGGACCCCAGUCCACCCCAACAGCCUCCUGUAUGUUACCUUGAAAGACAUGCAGUCAGUAGAAAGCACAUCCACUCAGACGUCACCCUAUUGUCCCAACUUUGGUGCCAAAGACUCUGAAGUCUUCCUGUCAGGGGAUGAGAGGUCAGAAGUCACUGGAGAUCACGGUCGAUCAGGCUUGUCUUCAUCCUCCUCUUCAGGACAGGAAUGGAGCAGCACAGAGAGCGAGCGAGAGAAGAAGAAAGAGACAGCCGGAGGCACGCAGGGAGACCAGCUGUUCGCUCAAAAAUGUUUGGAGCUUCAUGGUUUCAUCCGACCCCUUCUUGAACUUUUGAAUGGCCUAAAGAAAGGACGAUUUGACAAAGGCCUAAACAGUUUCCAGCAGAGUGUAGCCAUGGACCGAAUCCAGAGGAUCAUUGGAGUGCUUCAGAAGCCACACAUCGGGGAGAAGUAUUUGCCGACUCUGCUGCAGGUGGAGAUGAUGCUAAAGCUUUGGUUCCCUCAAGUAAGCCCUCAGGCUACAGGCACAAGUGUGUCUCAACACCUAUCAGGACAGGGUCCGUCCAGCAGCAGCACACCUCCGCACAAGCAGAAAGACCAACUGCACAUUCCGGUUAAGAAGCGAAGACUGAGCUGGUCAGACACAGACGCUUCUCCUACUUCUACUCCUGUUGCAUGUAAGUGCUUCCACAUAAAAGGUCAGCAGAAAGAAGAACAAAGACAAGGUUUGUCUGAUAGCUCUGUGCCCGCAUCCCAUGUAGACCAAUCCGACUGGAGCAGUGAGCAAAAGUCAGCUCCCAGAGGCCUUUGUGGUGCUGAGUCUGGCCUGACAUGGGUCCAUGUCACCCCAAUCCUUUCUCCACCCAAGUCUCAUCCCCUUCUCAGUGAGAGAGAAGGUGGAACCAAAGACAUCAGAAAUGACCACUUUUUAGUUACACCUCCUUCACCGGCCAGCAGGGGCAGUCCAGCAACGCAGGACAACUCCAUAUCCUCGACUACGCCCUGCUCUGACCCAGUGACUUACCAAAUCCAGCCAGUGACUCUGGUGACUCCGACAGAGAGGCAGAGUCAGUGUUCUCUGGUCACAGAGCAACUUUCAAGCGUAUUACAAAGUCAGAAACAAACACAGACUUGUUUGGAAAACUUUUGAGAGAUUUCUUUUUUUAAUGGUGAUUCUUUAUCUUAAUUUAUAUUUUAUUUAGGCAGCUUAGCCUUUGCAAUUUUGUUCUUUAAGAAAUAUAAUCAAAAACCAUUGGAAGCCCAUGAACAUUAGCAGCAGUGGGACUGGCUGAUCCAGCAGGUGUGUGCAUGCUUUUUAGGAACUUGACUCUAGAUGUUUGUCUAAGUUACCUUAAAAAAAUAUGGUGAAUGAAAUUCACCCAAUAUUUGAUGAUCUUUAAAAAAAAAAAUUCAGUAGCCGCGUUUAUUAGGACAUGAGGAAGACAUUACACAGAACCUAGCUACAAAUACACAGGACAUACAUACAUGCAUCCGGUUUUCCUGUGUGCGGAAUUUAGGUUUCCGUUUUUCAGAAGGGAAAUCAUUGGAGGAUAUAACUACAAAGCCACAAUGUUUCCAAGAAAUGUAAUGUUGAAUUUAAAAGCAGAAGAUGUAUGCAGGAUAAGCAGGAUAUGAAAAAAAUAUUUGUAAAUUAUUCUAUUGAAAUCCCCAAAAGAAAUUCACAAAUUAAGACAAAUAUGGUUAGCCAUUUAAUCAGGACAAAAGGAAUGGCAUCAUAAAAAGGGAGGAAGCACAUGGUAGGAUACACAAAAAAAUGUAUUUAGACUGUUAUUGAAUAUUAACACUAACACUGUUAGUGUUUUUUAGUUUUAAAAACCUCUUACAUCGCCUUCAAAUCCACCGGUUUGCCUACUGUAUUUUCUGACAGCAGCAGAAGGUUUUAAACACACUGAUAAGCUCGAUAUAUGUUUAACAUCACUGUGCAUAAAACGUUUUAAUGUAAUGUCUCACUCAGAUUUAAUUAUCAAAGAUUGUUUUAAGCAUCUUGCCUUGCUCCUGCUUCUGCAAAAACACAGAAUCAUGCAAUCACAACUCAGCACUUCCACUCAACUGGCAAAUACGUUUAAGCGUAGAGUAUUGUUCUAUAUAGGUUGAUAAAGUCUUGGGGUCGUAGGUGCUGUAAUGUCCAUUUUGGAUAAUUUUUCCUUUGGUUUGGUUUGCCAUUUUCUUUUCAGAUCUUGCUGGCUUUUGCCUUUUGUGGUGUUUUGUUGUCUCUGAAAUGUAAAUGAAAAUUUAAUGAAAUGUAAAUUCUAGAUAGAUGAAAUAAGGUUCCCUUCAUGGUCUUUCAUGAAGCUUGUUAAGACAUGAAUCUGAAGUGACUCCCCAAUAUAUUCUGAUACUCGCCGGCUUGUCCAACACUAGGAAUAGGUUAAACCUAGAUUCUAUUCUUAGUGCUAACCUUGCGAUUUAAGUAUGACAGCACAAUCUGGAGUGUGUUAUUCUGUUUAUACCACAGUGAAAUUCCACAUUAGCGUUUACUUUAUUAAUUAAUGACACAUAACACAUUUUACCAGUCUAGAUUUAUUGGGAAAUGUCUCCAGCGUCUUUCUCUAUCUCUGAAUGAGCCGUUACUGUUAGUGUAGAAACUAUAUAGUCACCAACAUGAUGUGAAAGUAGUUCUGUAUGGUCUGCAGUACUGGAAAGAGAAGAGACCAGAUGCCUGCCAAAAAUGUGCUACCAUUCACAGAAGCACUUUUAACAAGAUAACACAUCUGAUAACUUUGUCUCAUUAGUAAGUACCUCUUUUCAGAUGGCCUCAGGACCGUCUGUGUUGUUUUGUUCAUGACUAAGAUGUGCUACAAAGCUAACUCGCUUCUACCACAUGACUGAAUCUCUUUUUAACCAUUACUUGGUGUGUGGAACAAGGGAUUGUACACCCUAUAUUCAACCCUGAAACUGGGAAGUUUAUAUAAUAAACUAUAAUUGAAAAUAUAUAAUAAAUCUUGUAUGCUUCUCGGGACUGACCAGCA